GCGUGUGAGGUGAGGCAGGGUAGUCUUCCUCCAUCCUCGCCUCCCUCACAACAGCUUCUGCUCUAGUGUUCCGUCCCGACGCCCGCCGUGUGUCGCGUGGCGGGGUUUGGGCGAGGAGAACGCGGCGGUGGAAGCGCACCAGGAACAGCAACAGCACCAACAGUAUGGCGGGAUCAAAUUCCUUAGCCAAAACUAAAUGACAUUAGAUUCUUCAUCCCUCAUCACCUGUCGUCAAAAAAAAGACGCCAUGAGGUUCGGCUCGGCGGGAGAGGAAAGCGGGGAUUACUGCAGCCUCCGUGACGUCCACCUGGCACACUAUUUCUCACGAACUGAUGUCAUCAAUCACCUUAUCAAUAUGGGUCUGGUGCGGCGGACAGGGGAGGUGGUGUCGGAGAAGGAAUGGCGGCGGGCACACGCGAGGCAGCAACGGGAGGAGAGGGAGAGGGAGAAGGAGAUGCACAGGAAGAGGCUGCAGGAGGCGGAGGAAGCGUCUAGGAGGAGAAUCACGGAGAAGAUCAGGAGAAAGGAGGCUCGCAGAUCGCUGAGAGCGGCGUUAGAAGGGGAGUGGCAGCGUCUGUAUAUCCUGCAGGACUCUCAAGGGAAUCCUGCGAGGCAUCCUGACCCUCCCCACCCCCAACAGGAUGCCGAGGGCGCCAGGGAAGACACAGGCCAACGGCAGUCCUCAGAGGAGGGUGGCGUUCUUCACUUCGACAUCGUGUGGAACUACCGCCCCGUCAGCAGCACCACUGAGGGCGCCACCUCCAGCGGUACACCCAGAGCCUCCGACAGCAGUUCCGGGGGCCAACCUGGAGUGAGCCGCCACCGGGGAUCCACGCCUGACAAAUUCCUGCAGAAGGGGAGGGCGCGUGGCCGGCAGCGCGUGGUGGGGGAGCCGUACGUGGCGUCCCUGGGGCCUAAUCCUUCCCCGCGCUACCUUCACAUCCUCCGCCCCACCAACAACUGCAGGGAGGUGUGGGCGAGAUUGUGCCCCCCGCAGCCUGAGUCCAGCCGUCUGCCCCGCCCUGCGCCUUCAUCGCCCCCACACAUGCGACUGGUGUACGCGGGGGGAGGCGCGCCUUGCCCGACGCCCACCCACCUGGUCCUCAGACAACAGCCAGCGGGAUCCCACAACGUGACUGUGUUCCAAGGAACGGUGUGUGUUGGAGAUGAGAUCAACAUCAUCUCCAUGAGGCGCGCCAACUUUCCCUUCUCAGUCACCAUCUACGAGAACGGCGUAUCCACAGGAAGACUGAGUGCUUGCUGUGAGCACCGCUACGCCAAGGGCAGCCGUCUUGGCGGGCGCUCCGGACACCUCAGGGUUCUCGAGAUCACGGGAGGAGAGCCCUGCCUCAGGUGUCAGCUGCGGGUGGUGGAGAAGCGCCACAAAGCUCGCCGCCGCGUCCACUAUAAGAAGACCAAAGAAAUCAUCUCUGUGAACAGUGACCACCCUGCCUACACUCCACCCGAAACAGGGAGUGAGGUCAGCAGCACCGGAGAGGGCAGCAGCAGCGGCACCCAGGAAGAGCAAGCCUCUGAUGAACCUAAGAGCAGCGACAGCGACAUGGACUCCCCGUCGCCCACGUCCUCCAACCACCUGAGCCUGCCUGAGGAGCAACAUUCGCCCACCGCACGCAGACGCCACAUCUCAAGUGACUCCUGCAAUGGCCCCUCUGACCAGGAGGUGGCGGAGGUCCUUGGGGUGGGAACAAUUACGAAGGAACAGCAUGGAGAGGACACAUUAGAGGAAACAGCACUCACCACACUUCGACCUGCAGAGGAUAUUGAUGCGGGCGAGAGGAACAGCUGGGAGGAGACAAUGAGUGGCGAUGACGAUAACCAAGAAAGUCUUCCCAGGCAACCCGCAUCGAACAAUGAUUAUGAGCCUAGUCCCUCCCACCAGGUGAAGGCCAUGUCUGAGAGUGACUCCGUCCAGGCCGCCACCACUGAGGUACCUCCUCUCCUUGCCUCCUAUUCCUAUGGGAGUUCCUGGGAGGAGGAGGAGGAGGAAGAUAAUGAUAAGGAGGAGCAGGAGGAAGAGGAUGCGGAUGAGGAAGAGGAUGAAAACGAUAAAGAGCAGCAGAAUGAGGAGGUUGCGAAUGAGGAGGAGCAGGAGCAAAAUGAUAAAGAGGAGCAGGAAGAGGAGGAAGAGGAGGAAUAUAACGAUAAAGAGGAGCAGGAGGAAGAGGAUGUAGAGGAGGAAGAGGAGACAAAAGAGGCGAACUACACCAUCCUCACUCUCAGCUCCAGAAUACAAGCCGGCUAUUAG